UGAAUAUCACAGCCAAUGAUUUGCUAGUGGCGGAUGAACGUCAUUGUGACGUCAUAAAGGAAGGAUUUUUACGUGUUGUUAAGUCUGAUCUUUGAUUGAAUAUUAAUUAUGGCAAAUGGUGUUUAUUAUGGUGAAAAUAGCGAUGUGUCGGCUAUAUUUUUCGAUUUAGACAACACAUUAAUCCAAACAAGAAGAGGAGACACGAAAGCCUGUAAUAAGUUAGUGGAGAUCCUGCAGCAACAGUAUGGAAUCCCGCAAGAGUUAGCAGUUGAGAGCGGUAUUGCAUUUCUACGCGCCUUCAGAGCCCGUCCUGAUGACGAGUCCUACGCUUUGGAUGAAUGGCAUACGCAUUUAUGGCGAAACUGCUUGCCCAAAAAUUACAAACACAUUGCCAAAAAUGUAUCAGCCGAAUGGAUAAAAUUAAGGUUUCAAUGUUUGGCUCUGACAAAUGAUGUGAUACACCUGUUAGAAUCUUUGAGGGAGGAUUAUCUUCUCGGUCUGAUCACGAACGGGCCGUCACGUGCCCAAUGGCAGAAGAUCGAACGUCUCGACCUGCGCAAAUAUUUCGACUGCGUGCUGGUGUCCGGGGACCUGCCCUGGGAAAAGCCCGACCAGCACAUAUUCCUUGAGGCGUGCAAGCUGCUCAACGUAGAGCCGCGCAACUGCAUUAUGGUUGGCGACAAACUCGAAACAGACAUCAAGGGUGGCAAAGAAGCGGAGUUGGGGGGAACGGUGUGGAUCCCGCUACAGAAAGACGAAGAGUCAUCGGAUCUACCCGAUUUCACAAUUGAUAAAGUCACAAAGUUGCCAGAAGUUUUGCCAAAUUCACCGAAACUAAGACGCUGUAACGCGACAAAUGUUUGCUGAUAAUUUCGGUUUAUUUUUUGAGUUACAAUAAGGAUAACCUCGACUUGAUUUCUUAUACAUAUUUUCCUAUGAUUUAUGCACAGUAUUUAAAAGUACAAAACUAUUAUUUGCAGUACAAAUGUACAUAAUUUUAUGUUUUUUUGAAUAUUGGUUCAUAAUGUGUAAUGUAGUUACUAACAAGUUACCUUGAAAAUCCUUUUAUCGGUACCUCAUUUGUCAAAUGUUAUAUUUUCUUAGGGUGUACUAAUCUGAAGUCUGUAUACUAAUAAGCUUUUACUGUAAGGUCUAUCUCAAUUACUCUAAGGAGAGUGUUUCUAUUUAUAUUUUUGUAAAAAAGUAUGUAAGUUAUUUUUGUUGUACUUUAUAUCAUCAUCCGAUGAGACUGCCUUGUAUGUGAUAAUGUACUUGUAAUUAUAAAGAUUACCAUAGUUUGCUUAAACCUCACUACAUGUGAAUUACUGGGGUAGAAUAGUGUAUAGAUUUUAGGCUUUAAGCUGUGGGUAUAUGGGUGUUUAGAUGUAGACAACUAGAAACAAUUCCUCAUGCCUAUUUAAUUCUGAAAGAUUUCUAUAUGAAGAGUGGUGUGUUAAGGUUAAGCAUUUGCUGAGAUAGACAAAUAGCUACACAGUUAAUACAGACCAAGGCAGAUUAUAUAACUGGACACAACAAAGCCACAGAGGCUAUGUAGCAAAUGGAUAACAAGUUAUUGUGCAAAACAUUUGAUAUUCCUGUGUUAAACUGUACUUUGUCAACUACAUCUCGCCAUAUGCUGAAAAUAGUUUAUUGGUUGCCAUUGCUAUAAUGUUGUUGAUUUAAUGGAUGUAUAUCAGUGUAUAGAUUUUUGACCCAAACUAUCUCAUAUUAUGUGUGAUCAUAGUUCAUAAUGACUUAGUAAACAAAUCUGCUUUACGCUAAAUAGAGAUAAAAAGUAAUAUGGUGACACUUCUCACAAUAAACAGAAUUUAGAUAGAGA